AUGCCAUACAACACUCGUCGCAAAUCGCUGUCGCUGCCAUCCCUGGGCAUCCAUCUCCCCGUCACACAUGCUUCACGCGCAGCCGCACGACUUUCGCCGCCUUCGACCGUCCCAUCCUCAACCCCAUCCUCAAACUCGGAUGAUCCUCCGGCCAAAAAAAUAAAACGAUCGCAUGACGAUUCGGACUCGCCCUCGCGAUCGAUGUCGACCCAACGCGCGCCCGUCAAGGUCAAGUACGAGCAUACUCCGCCCCCAUCGCCAGAAGCCGAGGCCCCGGAGCUGGAUGAAGAAAGCUCGCAUCAGCCUGUCGAGAUCGACUUGGAAGGGAUCAAUGACGAAAUAGUCGAGGCGGUUAUCGUGCAGCUGCAAAAGUCGGCGAAUAGGCCCCAUUUAGUCAAGGAACUCGCGGCUAUCUUGUCGCAAAAUGUCAAAAUCGUGGAGCAAUCCGCGAACCCGUCCGCCAUCAUCUCGUCGCGACUUUCCUCCUACUUGAAGCGAUCGUGGACAGCGUUGGCGCCUUGUCCGGUGGCAAAGGAACUAGAGACCGUACAUCCACGACGCACAUAUUUCUACCUAACGACGUAUCGGCAUCAACCGAUUCCAGAUCCCUCGACCGUACAGUUUCCCCAGCGCGCGAUAAUAUCUCCAGCGCUGUCAAGCAUUGCCUCGAGAUCCGACGAGGCCGACGCCGAACGAAGACGAGAGCUGUCGCCCUCGCCCGAGGUCGACCUGUCAUCGCCGGAAUUCGAAGGCGACGAUGCCAUGACGCCACCCACCCCGACCGGGUCAUUUUCUGGCCGCCUAGAACCAGUCAUACGAAAUAACCGCGCGUCAUCACCCCCCCUAGAAAAGGACGAGAAGGAGUUUACACAGACCGCGAGGGGAAUGCAAAAGCGAAAGUUAACUAGAGAUAUACAAAUGAGUGGCGUCCCCUCGGACAUGGAAGAUCAUCCGAUGAAGAGCCCGGAUUCCGACGCGUUGUUUGGGGAUGGAAAGCAUCUUAAUCCCGCCCAUACCGGUAUAUUCGUCAGCAGUCCUGCCAUGAAACCCAGUUUUACCAUAGGCGGGUUGAAAAGGGGAUUUGAGGACUCGAGUAAUUUGUGGGUGCGCAUCGAAGGUGUUAUGGAAUGGGACAUGCGGAGUCCUGAAAACGUUGAGCUCGAUGAGCUGGAUUGCAUGUUCGACGAUUUCUGA